AUUGUUUUGAUGUCUUAGCAGAAAGUAGAGCAAUACAGCAUGGCGGACUCAUUUGAAGGUGUACUUUGACAGGAUUUUCUCAUGGUGGACGAUGCGGGGACCAUUUAUUUGUUUGAUAUAUUAGUGGGCCAAGAUUAUGGCGAGUACUAGGCGCCGUGUCAAGCUAUAUACAUUAAAUGAAGACCGGCAGUGGGAUGACCGUGGUACGGGGCACGUGUCGUCGUCGUAUGUUGAACGUUUACAAGGGAUGUCGAUCAUGGUUCGAUCAGAAGAAGACGGUUCAAUUCUACUCGAGUCAAAGAUACAACCUCACACUGCCUAUCAGAAGCAGCAGGAGACGCUAAUUGUGUGGUCAGAAGGCGACAACUACGAUCUGGCUUUAAGUUUUCAAGAGAAAGCUGGCUGCGAUGAGAUUUGGGAAAAAAUUUGCCAGAUCCAAGGGAAAGAUCCGUCUGUAACCAUUACUCAGGAUAUACCAGAGGAUGACGAUUCGGAAGAGCGUUUUGAAGAAGUGCUCGACUCGACAGGCCCAAUUGAAUUACCGCCCUGCGAACUUAGUAAACUGGAGGAAAUCGCCGAGCUAUUUAGUAGUGUGUUGCCAUCACCAAUUCGCCGGGAAAAAUUGGCAUUGGCAAUUGAGCAAGACAAUUACAUUAGAAAAUUACUGGACUUGUUCCACAUCUGCGAGGAUUUGGAGAACUUGGAUGGACUUCAUCACUUAUAUGAUAUUUUUAAGUCAUUGUUUUUCAUGAACAAGCCUUCAUUGCUGGAAAUCAUGCUUGCAGACGAUCUUGUAUUCGACGUUGUUGGAUGUUUGGAGUACGACCCGAGCAGAGCUUCUCCUCAACGGCAUCGAGUGUUUUUGAAGGAAAGCGCGAACUUCAAAGAAAUUAUUCCCAUAUCAAACCCGGAUUUAAUAAACAAGAUUCAUCAAACUUAUCGUGUACAGUACAUUUACGAUGCUAUCCUCCCCCCGCCGUCGAUUUUUGAGGACAAUAUGCUGGCUUCUGUGAAUUCGUUCAUACUUUUUAACAGAAUAGAAAUAGUAACUCAUCUUCAGGAGGAUGAUAAAUUUUUAGCGGAUAUGUUCUUACAACUCACUGAUGAGGAUACACUGGAAGACAGAAGAAAACAACUUAUAAAUUUCUUGAAAGAAUUAGUCAGCUUCUCCUUACACUUACAAAUUCACCAGAAGGAUGAAUUUUUUAAGGCUCUUGUACACCAUGGUUUGUUACCUGCCAUGGAAAUGCUUCUGGUCAGUGACUGCGAAGAGAACAGGCUCUCAGCUGUGGAGAUGUUUUCACAAGUUGUUGACAUCAGCCCCUAUCUUGUAAGGGAUUUCAUCAUGAAGGAGGGACAGACACAGGAAGAGGACAUGCUCAUCAACCACAUUAUUGACUUCAUGAUAUGUGACGGUGAUACAGGAAAUGCCUUUCAACUUUCUCAGCUGAUAAGAACUUUGCUGGAUCCAGAAAACAUGGCAUUAGGAGCAAAUAAAAUGGAGAAGUCUGAAUUCUUGAGUUUUUUCUACAAACAUUCCAUGCAUGUGAUGACAGCACCCCUCUUUGCUGCAACCAGUGAUGACAAGCCAAGCAAAGAUGAUUAUGUCAACAGCGUGACACUUGGACACAUUUUAGAACUGCUGACAUUCUGUGUUGAACACCAUACUUACCACAUAAAAAACUACAUCAUUAGUAAAGACCUCCUAAGAAGAGUGUUGGUGCUAAUGAAAUCGCAACACAAGUUUCUAGUUUUAAAUUCACUACGCUUUAUGAGAAGAAUAGUUGGUUUAAAAGAUGAAUUCUACAACCGUUACAUCAUCAAGGGACAGUUGUUUGAUCCAGUUGUUACAGCAUUCAAAAACAAUGGACAGAGAUACAAUCUUCUUAAUUCUGCCAUUGUAGAGCUCUUUGAAUUUAUCAGAGUGGAAGAUAUAAAGAGCCUCUGCUCACAUGUUUGUUCCAAAUACACGCCGUUUUUUAAAGAGGUUACAUACGUAAGCACAUUCAAAGGGAUUCUGCAAAGAGAUGAACAGGAGCUGGAUAGAAAACAGAACAGGAUGCUUGAGAGUAGGGGUCCCAUGAAUCACGGCACUAUCCAUGUGAACAGCCGGUUUAGACGAGAUGUGCGGGCCCUCGAUGAGGACGAAGAACUAUGGUUCGACCAGGAAGAUGAAAAUGGCGAGGAAAAUGUCACGCUUGAUCAAAGUGACCUUCUUAACGAGGACUCGUCUUUUAAAAAUCGAAAAACAUUCGUCAACGAAAAGGCACCUCCCUCAAUCGUCAAUAACAAGCGGCCAUUAGUUGGACUUGUUGACUAUCCUGAUGAUGAGGAGGAAGAAGAGGAAGAAAGUGAAACGACGAGCCCUGCGAAAAGAGCGCGGCUAAAUGCCUCCUAGCACCUGCCUUUAAGCCUCGUGUGUGUUGCCUGCUGCCCAGGGAAAUAGGAGAGAUGUACACGUAUGCGUGCAUGACAGCACCGCGUGACUCCGUGACAUGCCAAGAGCGUGACAAUAGAUCGAGUGAAAUAGAGUCAAAAGACGUUUUCUUGCUUUAUGGACAGGUUGAUCCUUGCUAAGUUACUCUUUCUGCUGGAGAUUUCAGCUCUGUGUAUCUAUCAUUACGUUGUUUAUCUUAUAGUGUUUUAGAUUUAGAUAAGAUAUUUUCAUUGUAUCGCAGUCCUCCGAUAUCUGUAUCCCUUUAGAAAGUAUCUUUAAGUUAUUCUAACAGCUUAGUGUUCUGCCCGAUCAGACGAUUCUAGAUGUUUAUUUUAUGAUAAGUGUGAUAAUUUUCUAGCAUCCUUUGCACCCGUUGUUUGGUCGUGUCACGCAACGCUGUUUUUCAGUCGAUAUGAGGAAAGGUUCGUUGCGUAACAAGACCAAACAGCGGUUGUACAGGAGACUCUUUUUUUUAUCCAAAUGCAUUGACGAGGCUGGCCUCCAAAUAAUUAUUAAGUGUUAUCAUAGCAAGAACCUUUGAAAUUCCAGAGUAGUUCAUAAGGAAAGUGUCAUUUUACAACUGUGAAACAGUCAUUGCUUGUCUUUCUUGAUCAUCAUGAUCUGUAUGCAAUGAAGUACGUUACGUUACUGUUGCGUGACGUUAAGGAAAAGAGUGCGUACUGGAAAGUUUUUCUGUCAUCAAAAGAUUCUUCACUUGGAGACUGCUUUGGAAACGGGAAGCAUGGAUCAACCUGUCCAAAGACACAACUUUCCUGCAUUUUUUACCGAGAUUAAUUUAUUCCUUGUAUUCUUAAAUUACUACAUCACUGUAAGUCUGUCGUGUAUUGUUUUUUAACAACGUGAACAAGCGUCCAGUUUUAGCUCAGAGUUUGUGUACAGACACUUUUUUGUACAGUGUACAUGAAAUCCAAAAAACUUAUCGUAGUAAAAGAGAAUUAUAAUAAUAAACUGUAAAAAGUGACUUUCAUUCCAGUCGUCACGCCACAUUUCCAGAAGAGAUUGGGUUUGUCAUACAACGUUCCGGAGAAGUGUAGCGUUACGAUUGGAAAGACUCACUGAGAAGCCUAUAGUAACGUUUGGAUGAGGGUAGAAAUUUUAUUUUCUAAGACCAGGUCAGAGUGCGUGGAGUUUUAUUCUUUUCUUUUUUUUUUUAACAAUAACAGUGUCUCGAAGAAUGUUUUAACUGCAUUUAACGCGUUUGAUACUGUUUGGUUCAUGGGCUUAAGUUCAUCGUUAACCUUGUCACUGUUUUAGUUUAAUCCGAAGGCAUGGUUGGGCCAGAAGCGGAGAAUGUUUGAUCCGUCGUGGACCAAGAGAACUGAACAAAAACGUAUAUUCAUUUCUUUCAUUUUUGUUCACUAAUCCUCGUUGUUAAGCAGAAUUUAAGAUAGUAAAAUGAGCCUAUUGAAAGACUU